AAUAUAGGUUUAAGUAUAAAAGAUGGGUACAGACAUAUUCCAGUUCUUCAAAUUGGAUCAGAUAUUUUUGUUAAUUCUGCAUUGAUUAUUGAAGAAUUAGAUAACAAAAAUAUAGAUACAGAUAUCAUAUCACAAAAUUUGUUAGAGGCAUUAAUUGUUACUGAAAUAGAGUAA